AUGUCCAAGUUGAUCACUGUCUUCGGUGCCACCGGCAACCAGGGUGGUUCUGUCAUCGCGGCCAUCCUUGCCGAUUCUGAGCUUUCCAAGGAGUUCAGGAUCCGUGGCAUUACUCGCGACACUACCAAGAAGUCGGCCCAGGAUCUUGUUAAGAAGGGUGUUGAGGUUGUUACGGCUGAUCUGGGUUCCGUCGACUCCCUCACUGAUGCUCUCAAGGGUUCUCACACCGUCUUCCUGGUCACCAACUACUGGGAGACUAUGAACGCCGAGGUCGAGUAUUCCCAGGGCAAGAAUGUCGCAGACGUUUCCAAGGCAGUCGGUGUUUCCCACCUGAUCUUCUCCUCCCUUCACAAUGUGACAGAGGAGACCAAUGGUCGUCUCACAAAAGUGCCUCACUUUGACAGUAAGGCCAACGUUGAGAAGUACAUCCGGGCUUCUGGUAUAGAGUGCAGCUUCGUUCUUCCCGGAUACUACAUGAGUAACUUCACUCAGAUGCUUAACCGCUCUGAUGAUGGAUCGUACCAGCUGUUUUACCCUGUUGGUAACGAGGCCAAAUUCCCCCUCUUCGAUGCUGCUCAGGAUACUGGUCUCUUCGUGAAGGUCGCACUGAAGCACGCGCAUCAGUUGAAGAACAAGCAGGUUUUGGCUGCCGCUAAAUACUAUACCCCUCAAGAGAUUGUGGACACUUUUUCCAAGGUUUCAGGCAAGAAGGCCGUCUUCAUAAGUGUCAGCUCGGAGCAGUACAAGGCUUCUUUGCCUUCCGCUAUUGCUGUUGAGUAUCUCGAGAACCAGCUCUUCGUGGAGGACCCUGGCUACUACCUGGGCGAGUCACUUGAGCCUACCUUGGAGCUCGUUGACUCUAAGCCUACUAGCUGGGAGGAAUUCGUCAAGAAGAAUCUUUCCGCUUGGAAGUGA